CGUGCUAAAACAGCCAAUAGAAAAGUUGCAAGUCGAAGAAAUUCCCUGUUCUUGUUUGCUUUACUUCUCUCCCCUGUGGGUGACUUUAUCACAACCUCAGAUUCCUCAGAGAAGUGCAUGCGCAGAAAACAUGUUCGCAUUUAAUACCAAAAUUACCCUUCUAACAUUCACGACAGUUUAAGCUCCCUGUGCUGAUUACAUUUUCUUUCUCCUCUUGCAAGCUGUAACGGGAGAGAUGACGUAACUGCCAACUCUUUGAGAGAGAGAAAGAAGAGGUGCGAUCGAGCUUUCAAGCCCAGACGGAUAGAGAUACAAACUUAUGUAUAUAAGACGAGAGAGAUUUGAAUUAGUUUUCAAAGAUUAGGGUUCUGGAGCAAAAAGAAGGAAGAAGAAAUAGUUUCUUGGGUAUUGAAUUAGGGUUCCAAGAAAUUGAUUAUGUAGAGUUUGCUAUAUUGAAAUUUGAAUAGCCUUAAUGUUUGCUAUCCUAUAUCUGGAUUGCGUCGAAAUUUAGUGUGCCCUAAUGUGACUGAAGCUGUUGCGGGGUGCGGAGUUAGCGGUUCAAUGGGCAGCACCGGCGAACCUGACCGAAAACGGCGUCACUUCAGCUCCAUAUCUCCUACGGCUGCCAUGGCUAAGAAGCAGCCUUUCUUCCACUCAUCUGAGGACAAGAAGCUUGAUGCUGCUGUUCUUCAAUUUCAAAACCAAAAGCUUGGACAGAAGUUAGAAGCUCAAAAGAUCGAGUAUUCUGUAUUAGAAAAUAAGUUCUCACACUUAAAGGAGAAACAACUGCCUUAUGAUUCCACGUUGAAAUCUGUCCAUAAGUCUUGGGAACUGCUGGUUAAUGACUUGGAAGCACAUUCCACCUGCACAAGAGAGUCUAGCAUUGGCCAAGAUAUUGGAUGCUUAUCAAUUAAAGAUGAUGGGGUUUCACCUUCUUUUGAGAAAGCUUUUCUUAGCCGACUUGUAGAAACUGGUGCAACUGAAACUUCCUCUUCAAAUGGUUGCCUCAACUCAAUGGAAGAAGAUAAAGAAAAUGCUUCUGAAAAAAUUAAGAACGUUUUAGGUCAUAUAGUGGCUGCAAUCGAUGACCUUUGGCGACUAAAGGAUGGGUUGCAUGCAACUCUUUUGAAUGAAAUUUCAAAGGACGGUGCAGGCAGUCAAAGGGAAUCUUGUGAGUUGGUGGAAGAGGUUAAAAACUUGAGAUUAGCACUAAAUGAUGUCCAUCUCAAGCACAAAUCACUUGCAAGGGAAUUGCAGAGCUAUCGAGACAUUGACGGAAAAAGUAAAGCUGAGCUUAAGCAAUUAAAAGGGGAACUGGAGAGUGCUAUUUCAGACCUAGAAGAGAGCAAUUUGAAACUGGCAACUCUUAAAGCAGAAAGAGAUGCAACAAAAGGGACAUUUUUCCCUGUUUUAAAUCUUGGAAAUAAGCCUGUUCCUGGUGAUAGGGCUAGAGAUAAACAAAAGAUUCUGCAAGAAAUGCAGUCAGCUCUCAAAGAGCUUCUAGAUCAAGCUUCUUCCCAACUUCUGGAACUGAAAGGUCUUCAUGGUGAAAGGAUAAAAAUUUUGCAACAGUUAUCCAAUUUGCAGAACUCAUUGAAGAAUGUGAAGUAUAUUUCUUCCUCGCAAGUCUACCUUUUGUUGAAAGAUCAAUUAGAAAAGUCCAAAUCAGAAUUUUUCCAGUAUCAGGCUUUAUAUGAGAAAUUACAGGUUGAGAGGGAUAACCUUGUCUGGAGGGAGAAGGAAUUGAACAUGAAAAAUGAUUUAGUUGAUGUUUUUCGAAGAUCUUCUGCUGUUGUGGAUUCUAGAAUUGCUGACUUAGGUAUAGGGAUACAGAGACAGAUCAAUGAGAGAAAUAUGAUCAAGGCUAAGCUUGAAGAGGCAUCAGGAGAACCUGGAAGAAAACAAAUUAUUGCUGAAUUAAAAGCCUUGGUUUCCUCAUUUCCUGAGGAAAUGGGAAGUAUGCAACGCCAAUUGAGUACUUACAAGGAGGCUGCUUCUGAUAUUCAUUAUUUGCGGGCCGAGGUGCAGUCUCUUUCUGCGGUUCUCGACAGGAAGGUAAAAGAGUGUGAAACUUUGUCUGCCAGAUCCAAAAACCAAGAUGCUGAGAUACAAAAGUUGCAAUCUGUGGUCCAUGAUCUGAAGGAAAGUGAUCGGGAAUUGAGGCUGAUUAUGGAAAUGUAUAGACGUGAAUCCAUUGAUUCUCGGGAUGUCAUGGAAGCCAGGGAUCUUGAAUACAAGGCAUGGGCUCAAGUUCAAAGUUUGAAAUCCUCUCUUGAUGAGCAAAAUUUAGAAUUACGAGUUAAGACAGCAAAUGAAGCUGAGGCCAUAUCCCAGCAGAGGCUUGCCACAACAGAAGCCAAAAUUGCUGACCUGAGGCAGAAAUUGGACACUUCCAAAAGGGAUAUGUCUAGACUUUCCAAUGUUUUAAAAUCCAAAAAUGAAGAAAAUGAAGCCUACUUGUCUGAAAUAGAGAUGAUUGGACAAGCAUAUGAUGACAUGCAAACUCAAAACCAACAUCUGUUGCAGCAAGUCACAGAGAGGGAUGACUAUAACAUCAAGCUUGUUUUGGAGAGUGUGAAGGCAAGACAGCAGCAGGACUCUCUACUCAUGGAGAAGCGAAUCUUGGAAAGGGAGAUUCUGCAAGCUAAUAUUUCCCUUGAUCUUUAUAAUGUUAAAGCUGCAAGAAUUGAAGAUCAGUUAAAGAAUUGUUUUGACCAUGUUCAUAAGCUUACAGAAGAGAAGUUUCAAAACUCAGGUGCAUUGGAAAAUACUCAAAAGCGAUUGCUAGAUGCAAGUAAAUCGUCUGAUCAAGCAAGGAAUUCAUUGGAGGACUCACAAUCCAAGGUUGAAAGAAGUCGAGCAGCUCUUUUGGAACUGCAGAUAGAACUAGAGAGUGAGAGGUUUGACAAGAGAAGAGUAGAAGAGGAAUUGGAAGUAGCAAGGAGAAAGGUUUCAUGUCUUCAAGCACAGAUUGAGGGGUCAUCAAUUGUUGAAAAGCUUCAGCAGGAACUUAAAGAAUACAGGGAAAUUGUGAAGUGCAGUAUCUGCCUUGAAAGACCUAAAGAGGUUGUCAUUACUAAAUGUUACCACUUAUUCUGCAAUCCAUGUGUACAAAGCAUUAUGGGAAGUCGCCACCGGAAGUGUCCAGCGUGUGCCACAACUUUUGGAUCUAAUGAUGUGAAGCCUGUUUAUAUUUGAAAUAGAGUGUGGCAGAUGGGGAUAAGUUAUCUGGGCUUCUUUCUUAUGGGACUCGGUUCUCGAAUUCGAGCUUUUGCAUGCCUGUGUGCCUUGAUUAAAGGCUUGAGCUGUGGAUCCAGCAGGUUCAUGUCUGUUGUUAUGUUUAAUGAAUUGUCGAGAGAACGCAAGGAUACAGUGCCGGUGCUGUCUAAAUUAUCAACCCGUGCAAAUCGUCUUUAGAUUGAGUCUAGGUUGUGAUUUUGCUUAGUUUCUCGGCUUCAUAGUGUUUAUCAUUCUUGUUUCCUCGUAUAACUGCUUAGAGCCACUGGAAUCUUUCAAUUUAUUAUUUGCAGAUGUUGAAAUCAAUGAAAAGCUAUUGCCCAAAGCAUUGGAGGUUGUGCAACCGAUAAAGAGUGGCAAGUGACGUAGAAUCCUCAUGGCGCACACGCUGCUAUUUGAUGUCAGUUUUCUCCAUUCCACUGAAAAUAUGUGGGGUGUUUAACCAAAUUUUUGGCUGUACAGGUUUUAGUAAAUACAUGAGAUUUUUCAGAAACACCAGUUUAUAUUUUCUUUGUUUUACAUACUGGUGAUAUAUAUAAUAAUAGUUUGUGC